AAACCGCUUACUAGGAACUGCUUUUGCAAACAGCUGCGCCUUUUUCCCCAAAACCCAGCUGCUCUUUUCUUCCACGUAUCUCAUCCAUACCACCGCCACCCCUUAUAUAAUCCACUUCACAUUUUCCUCCUUCUCUUUCAAAACUACUAAAAAAUAAAAUUACCCCUUUUUUUUUUCUCAAUAAUAAAGUUAAAUAUAUCAAAUAAAAAAAACCCCCCAAUUUAGCUAUCAAAAUAUCAUCAACAAAAAAAAAAUAUAAAUAGAAAGAAAGAAGAUGCGUAUGAGUUGUAAUGGAUGCCGGGUACUUCGGAAAGGGUGUAGUGAAAACUGUAGCAUUAGACCUUGUUUGCAGUGGAUAAACUCGGCUGAAUCGCAGGCGAAUGCUACUGUUUUUCUGGCUAAGUUUUAUGGGCGGGCUGGACUCAUGAACCUCAUCAACGCUGGCCCUCCCCACCUUCGUCCUGCGAUAUUUCGAUCACUGUUAUACGAGGCAUGUGGACGGAUAGUGAAUCCAAUAUACGGGUCAGUCGGGUUAUUAUGGUCUGGAAGUUGGCUACUCUGUCAAAACGCAGUUGAAGCCGUAUUAAAUGGAGCUCCGAUAACCCAAAUAACAUCCGAUACAGCCGAAACAAAUAACGGCCCACCUUUCAAAGCAUAUGAUAUCCGUCACAUUUCUAAAGAAACCAACAACAACUCGUCCUGUUCGACCGAUCAUCUUCACCGGGUUGUUAAAACCCGGGGCCGGUUCAAAAGGUCCGGUACAAAACCGAACCGGGUUUGUUUUGUUGGUUCAAGUGAAGAAGAUGAGUCAGGUGUUCAUCAAAAUGAAGAAAAUAUGAAUAAUAAUAUUAAUAAUAAUAAUGAUUUGUCGAGCCAUGAUGAGUCGGCUUUGAGCCAUCAGUCGGAGGCGGCUGCUGGUGAGUUGAUGGAGGAAAGCUUGGGUUCAGCCGAGACGUCGUUUUUUAAGAAGCCGAGUGAAGAAGAAGAAGCCGAAGCCGAGGUGGCUGGGAAUAAGAUUGAGCUGGAGCUGAGGCUUGGAAAUGAGCCGCUGGUUGAUAGGGGAGGUAAAGUGAAAGAAGUGGUUUUAGCUGCUGACCACCCUGAUGAUGCUGGUGCUGACGUGGAUCUUAGGCUUGAUUAUGUAGUGUAAUCUCUGAUUAGUGGUGAUAAUGCAGUUUUGAAGAUCAAGAUAGUUUUAGUUUUGUUUAGUUUUUUUUUUUUUUGUCUUCUUAAAUUCAGGGUUUUUGAAGUUUUGUCUUUUGUUUGGAUAUUAUGCCUUUUUUUGAUAUCUGUUUUGCCUGGCUUAUGAAAGGAGAAAAUUUUGUACAAAUGUGAAUGGGGUUUAAAGGGGAAUCAAAAUGGACAAUUUUAUAGUUUA